AUGCGUUUUCGCCACGUUCCCACCCGCCUCACGGUGACCAGUGUCUCCUACACCAAUCUUCCUAUUUGGAUCAGUCUCCUCUAUUCUCAACCUGUGUUUACGCUGACGGAACAACCUCUUCCGGCCACUCUGCUCCGACUCCUCCUCCUGACCGCCGGGAAUGAGGCCAACCCUGGGCCUCUUUGGUGUUGCUCACUCUGCCAAGUCCGCCUGGGCUGCAGCGACUGUUUUGUACGUUGCGGCUCCUGCAAUGGUUGGUACCAUCUUCGUUGCAGUGGCCUCACCAACUCUGCCGAUUGGUCGCCCACCUUCAGUUGCCCCAGUUGUCCCAUGCUUCUAUCUGCUCCUACGCCUCCUGUCCUUCCUAGCUUCCACACAAAUGCUGAAGUCUCUGACCUCACUAUACCGCCUGACCUUAAGCUUCUACAGUUCAAUGCCAACGUCUCCAGCCUGGAACGCAAGGGAGAUGACAUACGAGUACGUGAUUUUAAUGACCCGCGCAUCGGCUACCUGAACGGCUUGAUUAUCAAGAUCGUUAACGACGGCAUACACAAACGUUGGCAUGAACUAGUUGCAGAUUACAAUUUCCGCCGCAACUUAUCUGCCACUUGGAAACUUCUACGCAAUCUGACCAAGCCCCGGGUUGACACAUUUAACCAGUCUAUCAGCUUUGGGAACGGCAACUUCAUUUCGAACGACAGCAAAAUCGCCACAAAGAUGAACAAAUUGUUCUCGCCUCGCUCGGUGUCCAGUCCCAAAAGUCAGCUCUCGCUUCUUGGUCUCCUCAAUAAGGCCCCCGCCCCGGGCAUUUCCUUCUCUGCUGAUGCUAUCCGCGCCGCUGUUAAGAAAACGAAAGCUUCGAAAGCCCUAGGACCAGAUGGCCUGGCGCCUCCUCAGGCCAGCAGUUUUGAUGGACCUGCUCGCAACCCGGCCAUCCUAAUCCCUACCGUUGCCACGUUCCUUAACCCCGCCGCAGCGUUCGCCCGUCUAUUAGAGCUAUCGCUUCAUGUCUCCCAUAUCUACCUUUUGAUGGCUCGGCAAAAGUAG